UCUAUACUGAUGUCUCUGCUGCAGUAUCGACUGCUCCAGCUGAGCGCAGUUGAGCGUCAAACCACCAAACACCAAUUUGUGACACCAAUUACUAACGAUAGCAACGCUCAAUCCCGCUCAAUGGUGGCUUCAGGUAUCUUGCGGUGCAAAAUAUCCAUCAACAUCAACGCUUGGGAAUACCUCCUGGGGAUACGGAGCACGUGUGUUUGAGGAACUCGCGGCUUCGAUUUCUAUUCAUUACAGACAAGACAAAAUACAUAAAAAAUGCCGCGUAUUAUGAUAAAAGGUGGUGUUUGGCGGAACACCGAGGAUGAAAUUUUGAAAGCCGCUGUUAUGAAAUAUGGCAAAAAUCAGUGGAGUCGAAUAGCAUCUCUCUUACAUAGAAAAUCUGCCAAACAGUGCAAAGCACGUUGGUUUGAGUGGUUGGAUCCGAGUAUCAAAAAAACAGAAUGGAGCAGAGAAGAAGACGAAAAACUUCUUCAUCUUGCAAAAUUGAUGCCUACACAGUGGAGAACAAUUGCUCCAAUUAUUGGGCGUACUGCUGCACAAUGUUUGGAACGUUACGAAUAUUUGCUCGAUCAAGCUCAGAAAAAAGAAGAAGGAGACGAUGCUGCAGAUGACCCUCGUAAACUAAAACCAGGAGAAAUUGAUCCAAAUCCAGAAACAAAACCUGCUAGACCUGAUCCUAAGGAUAUGGACGAAGAUGAAUUGGAGAUGUUAUCCGAGGCACGUGCUAGACUUGCAAAUACUCAAGGAAAAAAGGCAAAACGUAAAGCUAGAGAAAAACAGUUAGAAGAAGCUCGCAGGCUUGCUGCUUUACAAAAACGUAGAGAAUUAAGAGCUGCUGGUAUUACUGUAUCACAAAAGAACAAACGUAAACGUGGAGUUAAUUACAAUUCUGAGGUUCCAUUUGAAAAACGACCAGCAGCUGGAUUUUAUGAUACAUCUAACGAGCAUGUUGAUCCUCUUGCUAUUGAUUUCUCAAGAAUGAGGCAGCAACAUUUAGAUGGAGAAUUGAGGCAAGAGAAAGAAGAAAUGGAACGUAGAAAAGAUAAACAAAAGUUAAAACAACGCAAAGAAAACGAUAUUCCAAUGGGAAUGCUUAAUAAUGAAGAACCUAUUAAGAAAAGGAGUAAACUAGUUUUACCAGAACCACAAAUAUCUGAUCAAGAAUUGCAGCAAGUUGUUAAGCUUGGCAGAGCAUCAGAGGUUGCUCGUGAAGUUGCAACUGAAAGUGGUAUUACAUUAUCUGAUAGUUUAUUAGCUGAUUAUUCUUUACCAACAAAUGCAGCUGCCACUCCUCGUACUCCUGCUGCUGCAGAUAGGAUUCUUCAAGAAGCUCAAAAUGUUAUGGCUCUUACUCAUGUUGAUACUCCAUUGAAAGGUGGUUUAAAUACACCCCUGAAUAAUUCAGAUUUUACCAGUGUUGUGCCUUCCGCAAAUGCUGUAGCAACACCAAAUACAAUUUUGGCUACACCUUUCCGUUCGCAACGUAGCGAUGGUACUCCCGCUAAUUCGUUUAACACGCCAGCGUCUACGCGAACGCAAAACGGAGUUCUCGCAGCUACGCCAGUUCGUGAUAAGCUCAGCAUUAAUCCAGAUGAAGGUUUGGAGGGAUCAGAGACUCCGUUAAUUCAGAAACAAGUAAAAGAACAAUUACGUGCUGGCCUGAGUGCUCUUCCAACACCGCGUAACGACUACGAGAUAGUAGUUCCCGAAGGGGAAACGAAAGAUGAAAGUACUAUUGCACCUACGACGGAGAUUAUUGAAGAUCAGGCUGAUAUAGAUGCUAGGCAACAACAAGAAUUAAUAGAACAAAGAAAAAGAGAAUUAUCUCGUCGAUCACAAGUUAUACAACGAGAUUUACCACGACCGGUUGAUGUAAAUAUGAAUAUUUUAAGACCAUUCAUGGAUACUCCAUUAACGGAUUUACAGAGGGCAGAGGAAUUGAUUAAAAGGGAAAUGAUUACGAUGUUGCAAUAUGAUUCACUACAGAAUCCGGUACAACAGAAUCGUAAGGGUUCCUCAAGUUCGUUAGCCCAAGCGCAGACAUAUUUAGAACAGCAUCCGUAUGUUAAUUUCGAAGAAGAUGAACUUAGUGCUGCUAAACAGCUCUUGACCGAUGAAAUGGCAGUUGUUAAAGAAGGUAUGGCGCAUGGAGAACUUAGUUUAGAUUCUUACACAACUGUAUGGGAAGAAUGCUUAUCACAGAUUUUGUAUCUGGAAACGCAAAAACGAUAUACAAGAGCUACAUUAGCUUCAAAAAAGGAUAGAGUAGAAGCAUGCGAAAGAAAAUUAGAAGAAAAUCGCAUGCAUAUGACUGGGGAAGCUAAACGAGCGGCUAGAAUGGAAAAAAAAUUGAAAGUUCUUACUGGCGGUUAUCAGACUAGAGCACAGGUAUUAACAAAACAGCUACACGAUUUAUGGGAACAAAUAGAACAAGCUCAUUUAGAGCUAUCAACGUUUAAAUUUUUGGAAACACAAGAAGAGGCAGCGGUGCCAAGGCGAGUAAACGCGCUUAUGGAAGACGUUAAUAGACAAACAGAACGUGAACGCGUAUUACAAACACGAUUCGCGCAAUUGCAAGAUCAAUUGCAGCAAUGUUAAAUAUUACCCGGACAAUUCACUGUAAUAUACGUCUCAAAUAUUGUAAACGUUUUGUGAAAUAUAAAAGACUUACUUUGUA